CACUAUUAUAAACUGUCACUUCACUUAUCAAGUCAAAAUUUAACAUAUUAAGUAGCAGCGUUGUUUUCGCAUAUAAUGAAAAUUUUACUGAAAUCCCAAUGGAUUUAUUAUUAUCGUCAUAAAUGAAACUAUUAUAAGUUUUGGCAAUGGCUGUUUGUGGACUUCGGACAUUGUUAUUAAUUGUUUGCAUAUUGGAAUUGAUAGUAACAAUACAAAGACAAGUCUUUGAUUUUCUGGGAUACAUGUGGUUACCAAUAAUUGCAAAUUUCGUAAACAUUAUUUUAAUAAUAUUUGGAUCAUUUGGUGCUGUGCAGUAUAUAACAAAAUAUCUUCUUGCAUAUGCAAUAUGGAGUUUCAUGUGGUUAACAUGGAACAUAUUUUUAAUUUGUUAUUAUCUAAAUCUUGGAAUUCUCAACAGGGAAAGUGGAUUAUUGUCCUUAGGGACGGGAAGUGUAAGUUGGUGGGAAGGGAAUGGCUGGGGAUGCCAACCAGUCUGGGGUGAAGCCGAUGGGCCCGGUACAUGGAGACCUGCAAGAGUUGAAGGAUGCUUUUUGCAAUGGCCUUAUGUAGAGUUAGCACAGUCUGCAGUAGCUGCAGCUCUCACUGCUACAGCAUUGCCACUUACUAUUUUAUUAACAUAUAGAUCUUUUAAGAAACAUAAUACUGUAGUAGAUAAAGGAACAUUAACUCGCCGUCCAGUUUAUACCAUAGAAUUAAGUCCCACCGAAACAAACGUAAGUGAAAGCUCUCUUAAACCGAUGACACCUCGCCGAGUAAAACGUCGCUCAGGUUCCAGGGGAGCCGGCUCAUCUGUACGAAGAUCACGUCGAUCAUAUCGAAAUGCUGGUUACUUAUCAUCUAAUGCAUCUCUGCCACACGAAUCUCGACCAUCUCGACCCACCUCGGCACAUUCGUCGUACUCCAAUUUCCAUGGCGCUAGACCUUCCUCGUACCACGUGCUCGACCGGGAAUCGAUCACUCGCUCCCAAGAAGUCUAUGACCCACCGCCGCCUUUGGAAUCUAUUCCAGCAAUAAGUAGCAGAAGCGAUACAAUAAGACGAUGCAAAAAUACGGGUAGAGAUGUCGUCGGACCGUACAAUGAGCCGAACGGCAGCAACAAUCGCGUGUACGAGGGCGUCGUGAGCUACGAGGGCGCGGCGGCGAGCGAGUCGCCUUCGUACGAGGCGGGCGGGUACGCGUACGGCGGCGCAUGGGAGCCGCCCCCGCCUGCGCCCGGCCCGCCCGCCUACCAGUCCGUCUACCAGCCCGCCGACGACCCUUACUACUUGCGGCUCAAUGUUAACAACAAGUCUUCGUAAUCUGUUUUUUUAUCUUGUUAAGUUUAAUGCAUAUGUGACUUAAGUAGCUAUUAUUUUUAUAUUUACCUAUUUUAAUGAUAGUAUUACUUUAGAAUCUCUUUAAAGUCGUUGCCGUUGUUGUAUGAGAUACAUUCCUUGAUGACUAUUUAGAAUAAGCUUUAAUAUUUUAAGUGACAUAUAGUUAUAAACGAAACACAGAAAGUUGUGAGGAUAAUUUUUGUACAAGUCAAAAAAUGUAGGUGUCUUUUUUUUAUUAAAAUUUUUAAUAAGAUCUUUUUUCUUGUUAUGUAAUGAUUAAAUGCAUUGUUAUUGUGUUAUUGUAGGAAAUUGUGUUAAGACUAUACAUUGAGUGACAAUUUUACAAUGAGCACGCACACAAUUGUACAAAACAUAAUUUCAGCUAAGAGGAAUAUCAGUUUGUCACUAACUUUUCUUUAGUUUCUAGUUAACUUGCCAUAUAUCACUCUUUACGUACUAUAUAAUAUUUAAUGUCCCUUGUGUAGGGUUUUUUUAUACAAUUUUCAAUUCUUAAUUUUUUAUAAUUCAUAGAAUAUGUUUAAUUAUGUAUUGAACCAGUUUUUCAUGAUUUAAAUAUUUCAUAUAUUCAUAAAAAAAUAAAUUCUAAUAAAAUAUCAUUGGUAAACUAAUCCGUCCAUUAGUAUAUGAAUUUUGAAUAAGAGUCUGAAAUUGUAAGAUAUUAUAAACAAGAAUUGUUUGUAAGGAGUUUAUACAUUAACAUGCACAAACGAUUAUUCAUACUUGUACAUUUACAUGCAGUUUUUAGUCAAACACAUAGUUUUACAUUCCUAAAUCACAUUUGGACCAUAAUUUAUAAGUGAAAUACAAAACGAGCUUUAUUAGAGUAAGGGUAAUUAUAUUAUGUUUUUAAAAAAACUUUGACGUUUUAUACCAAAUAAUAUAAUUCAAUAAAACU